UUUUAAUUGGCCUCCCCCUCCAGAGACUGUCACCUCUCCAGUCCAUAACGAACACUGCCGUGAGGCUCACGAGCCUCUGCGACCACUCCUCCUCUGCCAGUCCCUACGCUGGCUUCCGCUACCUUUCAGAAUACAAUUCAAAUGAAUGACCCGGACAUUCCAAGCACUUCAUAACUCUGCCCCACCCUACAUCUCUGAACUCAUCUCUUUAUACUCACCCAACCGCUUACUACGCUCGUCGGUCGAUAAGCCUGCAGGAAGCUCAUUUUGGUUUCAUAGAAAAAAGAGAUGCCCUGCCAAAACAUUCCUCCAGGCCAGGGAUUCAAACAGAAGCAGCAUCUUUGAAGGCACUGGGGGCAACAUCAAAGGGGUUGGUGAGCAACAUUUUGCUCAUGAGCCACUGGUUUGAGGUCACUGCCCCAGAACAAAUGGAGUUGGCAGAUCAUAGAUCUGGUUCUUAAGAGGAACACUCUUCUAGCAGUUUAUUUGCAGCAAUCUGUAUGAGAACACAUCUGUUGGAUAAUGACUUCCAGGUAGAACAGCCAGUGACUGUUAGAGCACAGUAAUUGCUGCAAGGGUGUGAUGACGUCUACACAGCCAAACAUCCUUGAUUCUGUUUAUGCAAAUGUUACUUUGCUUCAUAGCAGUGCACUAGGGUGGCACAGGGACCUAUUGGUGCUGCUGCUGAUAGUGGAUCUCAUGACAAAAUACACUGCACAUUGCUGGCUCCCACUUGCAUGAAGGCUGCAGUCACUGGAUUAUAGCAGCGUUGGGUUUCUGUGCUACUUUUACAGCAGUGCAAAGCCCAGUGAUUUCUUGUGUAGCUUCCAAACCCCCUCACUGUCUCGCUGAUGUCUUAGCCCAUAACCUUUUCUCUGUCCGGGAAAAGGGCUGGAUGAAACAGACGAAAAUGAGAGCGUAAAACGAAAGAUUUCAGUGACGAUGCCCCAGACUGACAAGAGUGAAGCGGAGCUGCCAGGGGCUAUUUUGGGACAGUCCGUGCAAUCAACGUGCAGACAAUGGCUGCCAGGGACACGGGCAUUUAGCGGGCAGCUGACUAUAUCAUCGCUGGGCUAUUUGGGAAAGUAGAUAUUAGGACUACCUUUGCUUUUUGAGACGCUGGAAGCACAGAAGGAAAGCUCCCGAAAAGCCGAAUCCAGAAGAUAACCGAUGGGCGUGCCUAUGUUUUGUCCAAUGACAAGGCCAUAGCUUAUUGCAAUUGAGCCAAUCAACAGACAGAAAAGGUUGUAUAUAAGGAGAAGUGGAGUUGAGCGAGAGGUGUGUUUUAUCCUUUCCGGAAAAAGAUAGAGAGAGAAUCUGCCAUGGCUGAAGCCGCCGAAUCCGCGCCCGCUCCUCCCACGGCUGAGCCCGCGGCCAAGAAAAAGAAGCAGCAGCCCAAGAAAGCAGCAGCAGCAGCGGGGGCCGCUAAAUCCAAGAAGCCCUCGUCUGGACCCAGUGUGUCCGAGCAGAUCGUCACAGCCGUGUCCGCUUCCAAGGAACGCAGCGGGGUGUCUCUGGCAGCGCUCAAGAAGACUCUGGCUGCGGGAGGCUACGAUGUGGACAAGAACAACAGCCGCCUCAAGCUGGCUCUCAAGGCUCUGGUCACCAAGGAGACCCUGCUCCAAGUCAAAGGCAGCGGAGCCUCCGGUUCCUUCAAGCUCAACAAGAAGCAGCUGCAGAGCAAGGACAAGGCCGCCGCCAAAAAGAAGGCGCCGCUAGCAGCCAAAGCCAAGAAGCCAGCGGCAGCAGCCAAGAAGCCAGCCAAGUCCCCGAAGAAGCCCAAGAAGGUCUCGGCAGCCGCAAAAAGCCCAAAGAAGCUCAAGAAACCCGCAAAGGCCGCCAAGAGUCCCGCUAAAAAGCCCAAAGCCGCCAAGCCCAAGAAGGCCACCAAGAGUCCCGCUAAAAAGACCGCCGUCAAGCCCAAAGUUGCUGCCAAAAGCCCCGCAAAGGCCAAAGCAGCCAAACCCAAAGUGGCCAAAGCCAAGAAAGCCGCCCCCAAGAAGAAAUGAGCAGCUCGCUCGCUCGCUCACUAGUGGCCAAUUCAACCAAAGGCUCUUUUAAGAGCCACCA